AUGCAAUAAGUUAAAUAUCCAUAAUUUGAUAUUGAGUCUUCAAACUAAUAGGCAAAUAAUAAUAAUCUCUAAUAAUAAUUAUUUAUAAAUAAGGAAUAAGAAAUUAAAUAUAUACCAGUUUUGACGCAACAGAAUCAAAAUUUAUAAUAAUAUCAAUAAGUUAUGCUCCCAUAUCCAUAAUAAAUUAAUAAUCAACAAGAAUAUUACAAUUUAGAUCAACCGCCAUAACCAUCUAAUUCACUUUUAAUUAAAGAUUCAGAUUUCUUAAUCUAAAAAUUCUUUUUAGGAAGUAUUUUAGGAAUGUUUAUUUUAUGGACAUUUCUAUUUACUUUAAUAUUUUUUAUAUUGAUGAUUAUUUUUGGUAGUGGACUAUUUAAACAUAAAGAUGUGUAUCCUUAUUAUAUUACAGUUUGCAUAUGUGUCUUGAUGUUUCUAACAAAAUUAGGCUAAAUGGAGAAAUGUAGAGAUGUAUACUAUUAUUUAUAAAUUAAGUAGGUUGUAUCAUCACCUUUAUGUUAUUUUGGAUCAAUAAUUGCAUACACACUAACAUUUUUUUUUAUUUUUGCUUCCUUUACAAGUGAGACUAGUAGUGAAUUUCCAAGUAAUUAAUUUGUUAAUUAUUUUAGUGACAUUUAUUGUUGCUGUAUUCAUAAUCACUCCAUUAUUUGGUAAUUUUAUUGUUACCAUAAUUUUAUUAAUAUAUAUAUUAGUAGAGACUAAAGAAUUCAAAUUUUAUAGUAAUUAUAUUAUGUGAAUAUAUAGAGGUUAUUAUCUGUGAAUUUCUAUGUGUUUUACCUUUUGCUAUUAUUUAUGUACCAACCCUAAUUAGUUUAGUGAUCUUACUACCAUACACAUUUUUAUUAAUGAAUGUUUUAAAAUAAAUUUAAUCUGGAAGAGUAUAUAUUUUAUAUAAAUAAUUAGUUUAAUUUAAAUAAGGAUUAGGUACUAAGUGGAACAAUGGCAGCCUACUAUGGUAUCUUUGUACCUUUUGAUCUAUUUGAUUGA